AGCCGGCCGGCCGGCCAGUCACUCGGUCGGCGCCGCCCGCCGCGCCGCGAGGAGCGGCGCUAUAAAUACGGCGCCGGGGAUGGGAGCAGCGCUGCGGGCGGUGGCUGCGGGCUGACGGCGGAGCGCUGACAGCGGAGGGCGGCUCCGGAGCGCGGGAUCUCCGGGGCGUCGGCGAAGCGGUGCGGUGCGUGGCGGAGGGCCGGGCGGCCGGCAGCCAGCCCCGGCGGCAGGAUGCAGAUCUGCGAUUCGUACAGCCAGAAGUACUCCCUGUUCAACGCCAUGAACCGCUUCAUCGGCGCCGUCAAUAACAUGGACCAGACGGUGAUGGUGCCCAGCCUGCUGCGCGACGUGCCGCUGCUGCUGGGCGAGCUGGACGCGGCCGGAGCCGUGUGCCCCGAACGGGAGGCCGCUCCCGGCGACGCUUACUUCUCGCGGCGGGACAUGUAUAGCCACUACGUGCUGCUCAAGUCCAUCCGCAACGACAUCGAGUGGGGCGUGGUGCAGCAGGCGGCCGGCGACGAGGCGGCCCGCAAGAAGGACAAGCUGGGCGGCGGGCCCGCCGAGGAGGCCGAGGGGGAGGAGGACCUGGAGCAGCAGUUCCAUUACCACCUGAGCGGCCUGCACACCGUGCUCUCCAAGCUGACCCGCAAGGCCAACGUGCUCACCAACCGGUACAAGCAGGAGAUCGGUUUCGGCAGCUGGGGGCAGUGAGCGAGGCCGUCGGGAGCGGGGUUCCCUCCUCGGGGCGGCUCCUGGUCGGCGCUCCUGCUGUCCGGAGGGCGUGGAGGCGAAGCGUCGAGGCUCCUUGGCACGCCGGCGGGACUGCGGUUUUUUUGUUUUUUUCUUUUAUCAACGCACAAAUGAGAGAAAGAGAGAGACGUAAAUUAAUCGAUACUAGCUCAUUAAUUUUAUUAUUUUUGUUUGUUUGUUUUUCCCUUUAUUAUUUUGUACGGGCUGGUCGCUGAGCCGGCGACAUGUUCCCGCUGGCCCAUCUGAGGCUCCACACAAGCCGAUGAAAGCGAGCGGGGUGGCACGGAGCUGCCCGCUCACGGGGACGGGUGCCCGACCCCGCGGUGUUGGCUGGCAGGGUGAAGGGCUCCAGGUUGAAGUCUAUUUAAAACUUUUUUUUUUUUUUUUUUUACUCAGACGUGUAGAGUAUAUUCUUAAAAAAUAAACGCGAAUGUAUUGACUAAAAGUGACUUUAACUUUUUGGUAUGAUUUAUGUUUCGUUAAUUAAAUGAUAUUUUUAACAUCAGAAA